ACGAAGUACUUAAGAAUGAUUUGGGGAAUUAAAACGGGACGACCUGAGAGUUCAUCUUCUCAUCAGGAAUUCAAACUUUUCCCCAUGAGAAUCAUUCUGAUUUGCUCUCUGAUUAUUCAGUUCUUUACUAAUUCUGAAUGUCUAAGCAGAGCUGAGUUUCCAGAUGGCUUCGUUUUUGGAACUGCAGCAUCGGCAUACCAGUUCGAAGGGGCUGUAGAUGAAGGAAAUCGGGGUGCCAGCAUAUGGGAUACAUUUGUGAAGGAACCAGGAAGAAUACUAGACUUCAGCAAUGCAGACAGGACAGUUGACCAAUACCACAGAUUUAAGGACGAUAUACAGCUGAUGAAGGAUAUGGGAAUGGAUGCCUACAGAUUUUCAGUCUCAUGGCCAAGAAUCCUUCCAAAUGGAACAGGAAAGCCAAACCCAGAUGCAAUAAACUACUACAAUGAUUUUAUAGAUGCUUUGCUAGAAAAAGGAAUUCAACCUUUUGUAACUCUUUACCAUUGGGAUCUUCCACAAGUCCUUGAAGAUGAGUACGAAGGAUGGCUGAGCAGAAGGAUAGUAAAAGAUUUUGAACAUUAUGCUGUUACGUGCUUCCAAGCAUUUGGAGAUAGAGUGAAGAACUGGAUCACUUUCAAUGAACCACAUGGCUACUCAAUAAAAAGCUAUGACCUAGGAAUUCAAGCUCCUGGUAGAUGUUCUUUUUUGGGUCAUAUAUUAUGCAAGAAGGGAAACUCAUCCUCUGAACCAUAUAUAGUGGCACAUCAUAUUCUCUUAUCUCAUGCUGCUGCUUAUCACAGUUACCAAAUUCAUUUCAAGAAAAGACAAGGAGGUCAGAUAGGAAUAGCAUUAGAUGCCAUAUGGUAUGAACCAAUAUCUGAAAAUGACGAGAACAGAGAAGCAGCACUUAGAGCCCUUGACUUUGAACUUGGAUGGUUUCUUGAUCCAAUUUUCUUUGGCAAAUAUCCUCUUUCAAUGAGAAGGCUUGUGGGGGAAAGACUACCAAAAAUAUCAGGUGUAACUUCAAAGUUCCUCACAGGGUCCCUGGAUUUCGUUGGCUUGAACCACUACACCUCCUUGUAUGCUCGAAAUGACAGGAUUGGGAUUCGAAAACUGAUAUUCAAUGACGCCUCAACAGAUUCUUAUGUCAUUGCUACCCCACACAAAGGUGUCUCUACCAUUGGAGAAAGAGCAGCUUCCAGCUGGUUACACAUUGUUCCAUGGGGAAUCCGGAAAUUGGCAAUUUAUUUGAAAUACAAGUAUGGGAACCCUCCAGUGAUUAUAACAGAGAACGGAAUGGAUGAUCCAAACAAACGGUCCAUACCUUUGGAAAAGGCAUUACAGGAUGAUAAGAGAAUAAGCUACCACAGAGAUUAUCUCUCAAAUCUAUCCACUGCCAUUAGGGAAGAAGGCUGCAAUGUACAAGGCUACUUCGCGUGGUCGCUGCUCGAUAACUGGGAGUGGAACAUGGGAUACACCGUCCGAUUUGGACUCUACUAUAUUGACUACAAGAACAAUCUCACAAGGAUUCCAAAGGCAUCCGUUCAAUGGUUUAAGAGUAUGCUCAAAUCAGAAGACAAACAGAUGAAUCAAACUUGAUUUAUUCC